AUGGCUUCGAAAGAAGCGUAUCGACGCUUAAUCUUAGGAGAUCGAGCAGUCAUCUCUGGAUCUGCUUCAUCAUCUUUACACAGUGACAUGGACAAACUUGUUCAUCUGAUUUUACUUUCUGAGAAUUUGGCAUUGAAUGGAACAGUCACACAGUCGUCCACACAUCUCACCUGGCUAGCUCAAAAUGCCAUAGAUGGUAAAAAGUAUGGAUCUGAAUACUGCUUUGCCACAUCGUAUCAAAGUAACCCAUGGUGGAGGUUGGAUCUCUUGGAUGUUUAUAACAUCAGUACAGUGAUCAUCACUACUCAUGCCAGCUAUUUGGAUCAAGCCAACGGAGCCGAGAUUCGUGUUGGAAACUCACUGGAAAACAACGGAAACAACAACCCUGUAUGUGCUGUAACUUCUGGUCUGCAAGCUGGUCGCACCAUCACUUACUCAUGUCGUGGGAUGUUGGGACGUUAUGUGAAUGUGAUAAUGCCUGAACGUACAGCUCAUCUGUCUCUGUGUGAGGUGGAGGUGUAUGGAACUGGUAAAUUUGACUCAUAA